GGUUUAAUACCAUCGACUAACCUAUAUUGGCUAGCAUGUGGUUGUGAUGAUCACUUUUCUGACCUAGACUUGGGCGCUUCCACUGUCAGGAAGCGCGAGCUUUUAAAAUGCCUGUCCAGUGUGUAGACACAGGCCUAUCCUUGUCGACAAAAGUUAAUUUAGACAGUUGGAUGGAUAGAGUAGGUCUUAUCCCUAAACACUCUUAGCCUACGCUAAGACUAGGCUAUUAUAAAACCCAUGCAAGCGAUAGCUAUGCCAAUGUAUGCCAUUGAACAUGUUGGGGUUCUUUAAAAUGAAAAAAAAAGAAAGAAAAAAAUAGGCUCACGUGACAUAACAGAUUAAAAGUUGUCGUGGGAUAAUUCUGGUUUCCUGCAACUAAAACACAUAGAGCGACAUUCUUUUUAAGAUAUGCUAACAGGCUACUGAGUUUUGAACGACGCGUUUUGUUUACGUUGGCAGGGCAAGGUACAGGGGCGAAUCGAUUCAUUCUUAAAAAUCCAAUUCGCUUCAGCAAGCAAACUGACUGCUGCUCUCCUGCGCCCGCCUGAGCCAAUCCGAUCCGCUGUAUGUCAGAUGCACCGGGAGUCUCGCACCAAGACGUCCUGCAGCUCAACAUACGCCGGUCAGCAUGUCUUCUGCAAAAUCACCGUCCACCUCGCCGUCUAUUCAGAUAUGCCGGAUUAUGCGGCCAGAUGAUGCCAACAUUGUGGGCAAUGUCCACGGCGGCACCAUCCUGAAGAUGAUCGAGGAAGCGGGCUGUAUCAUCGGGACUCGCCACUGCAACACCCAGUCUGGGGACCGCUGCGUAGCUGCGCUGGCCCGGGUGGAGCGCACAGACUUCCUCCACCCGAUGUUCAUCGGGGAGGUGGCCCACGUGAGUGCCGAGAUCUCCUAUACGUCCAAACACUCUGUGGAAGUCCAGGUCAACGUCCUGUCUGAGAACAUCCUCACAGGGGCCAAAAAAGUAACCAACAAGGCCGCUCUUUGGUAUGUCCCCUUCUCCAUUAAAAACAUGGACAAAAUCAUAGACGUUCCACCAAUUGAGUACUCCAGCCCUGAGGUGGAAGAAGAAGGGAAGAAGCGUUAUGAAUCUCAGAAGAUGGAGAGGUUUGAGACAAAGGAGCGGAAUGGAGAGUUAAUCAACCCAGUGUCUAUCCCAGACCGACACAUGAAAGAGCCCUACACUGUUGGCUUCAGCCAGUCCAGUCUGAUCCACCUGGUUGGGCCAUCUGACUGCACACUGCUGGGCUUCGUGCAUGGAGGUGUGACCAUGAAGCUGAUGGACGAGGUGGCGGGGAUCGUGGCCGUACGCCACUGCAAGACCAACAUCGUCACGGCCUCAGUGGACGCCAUCAACUUCCACCGCAAGAUCAUGAAAGGCUGCGUGAUCACGGUGUCGGGCCGGAUGACCUUCACCAGUAACAAGUCCAUGGAGAUUGAGGUGUUCGUGGAUGCAGAUCCGCUGGUGGAGGCUGAGCAGGGGAAGUUCCGCGCCGUCACCGCCUUCUUCACCUACAUCUCCCUGGACAAGGAGAACCGGCCACUCCCCGUGCCUACACUCAAGCUGGAAGGAGAAGAUGAACAGAAGCGUUUUGAGGAGGGCAAAGUGCGCUACCUUCAGAACAAGGCAAAGAGACUCGCAGAGAAGGAGCGUCAGCAAUGACAUAUCGCUCAUGACAGGCCUCAUAGCCUAUUAUAGAGAAGUACGCAUCACGCUGCCCAGCAAAGUGUUAGGAACCUCUCCUCAUCCUUCCUGUAGCUCAACAAAAAGGGAAACAUCAUAAUAUAUAUCUAUAUGACAUCUAACUUGAAUUCACAUUGUCUCUCUCUCUCCACUUUUAAAGGUUUCAGUGCUGCAUACCAAAGUAUCCAAGUGUAUGUAAAUGAAACAUAUUAUUUUUAUCUUGUUGUUUUCUCUUCAUAUAUGUUUUUUUAUCAUUAUUAUUAUUAUUAUUAUUAUUAUUUGAAAAUGCUGUACAAGAAAAAUAUUUCCUCUGUCACAGAAGUCUACUGGACUAAUAAAAAAGCACUUCACCUGUCCCUUUUCCCCUCUA